AAAAGAAAGAAAACAACAUUGCAGUAAUUAAAAGAAAUUUUUUUCUUCCAGAUACUUCUGUUUCUACAUAAACAAACAAUGAGAGAACUUUUCAGUUUCUUUACGAUCCAAAGUCUCAGCGACCACUUCGAUUAUGUUAUAGCUGCGAUCGUUGGAUCCUCUAUAUUUUUGUAUAUCUGGCUUUACGCCAAAUCCAAAAGGUGGUUUCCAUCGUUACCACCGGGACCUCGGGGUCUUCCUAUCGUCGGAAACCUCCCAUUCCUCCACCCGGAGCUUCAUACUUACUUUCACAAGCUCGCUCAAAAACACGGUCCCGUUCUCAAACUCUGGCUCGGUGCUAAGCUAACCAUCGUAAUCACUUCAUCUGAAGCCACACGCGAGAUUCUAAGAACCAAUGACGUCAUUUUUGCGAACCACGACAUUCCUGCCGUGGGUCCGAUCAGCACGUACGGUGGCAUAGACAUUGUCUGGUCACCGUACGGGCCUAAUUGGCGAAUGCUGAGAAAAAUCUGCAUGACUAAAUUGUUAAGCAAUGCAACGUUGGAUUCAACUGCUUUCAAUUCACUUCGUUGCCGCGAGACUCGGAAAACGGUCCGGUAUUUGGCAGACCGGGCUCGGACUGGGUCUUCGGUUAACCUUGGAGGACAGAUAUUUGUGACUAUAAUGAAUGUGGUCACUCAAAUGUUAUGGGGAGCAACGGUUGCGGACGGCGAGGAAAGAGAGAGUGUUGGAGCUGAGUUCUUGGAGUUGGUGAGCGAGACCAUUGAUAUUGCGGGAAAGCCGAAUGUCUCUGACUUUUUUCCGGUUUUGAGCCGGUUUGAUCUUCAGGGUUUGGUUAAGCGUUCGCGUGGACUGGCUCAGAGGAUGGACCGGAUGUUUGACCGGAUUAUAAAUCAACGGGUGAAAAUGGAUAAGGGAAGUGAAAGGAACGGUGAAGAUUUUUUGCAGGUCUUGUUGAAUAUUAAAGAUGAGGAUGAGAAGACACCUUUGUCCAUGAACCUUGUCAAGGCCUUGGUCCUGGACAUGGUACUUGGUGGUACAGACACAUGUUUGAACACAAUAGAGUUCGCAAUGGCAGAGGUUAUUAACAAACCAGAGAUCAUGAAGAGAGCUCAACAAGAGCUCGACAAAGUUGUGGGGAAAAACAACAUCGUCGAAGAAUCACAUAUCACUAAACUUCCAUACAUUCUCGCCAUUAUGAAAGAAACCCUAAGGCUUUACCCAACUCUUCCUCUUCUUGUUCCUCGACGCCCAUCUGAAACCAGGGUUAUAGGUGGCUACACAAUCCCUAAAGAUUCUAAGGUUUUCAUCAAUGUGUGGGCGAUUCAUAGAAAUCCGAACGUAUGGGAGAAUCCAUUGGAGUUUAAUCCGGAUAGGUUUCUUGAUAAAUCUUAUGACUUUAGUGGUAAUGACUAUAGUUAUUUCCCGUUUGGAUCUGGCCGGAGAAUUUGUCCGGGAAUUGCCAUGGCAGAUAGAGUUGUUCUUUACAAUCUCGCGACGUUUUUGCAUUAUUUUGAUUGGAAAAUUGGGGAAGGAGAGAAAGUGAAGCUCGACGUGAAGUUUGGUGUUGUGUUGAAGUUGAAGAACCCACUUGUUGCAACACCCGUGCUAAGGUGGUUUCCACCGUUACCGCCGGGACCUCGGGGUCUUCCUAUCGUCGGAAACCUCCCAUUCCUCCACCCGGAGCUUCAUACUUACUUUCACAAACUCGCUCAAAAACAUGGUCCCGUUCUCAAACUCUGGCUCGGUGCUAAGCUAACCAUUGUAAUCACUUCAUCUGAAGCCACACGCGAGAUUCUAAGAACCAAUGACGUCAUUUUCGCGAACCACGACAUUCCUGUCGUGGGUCCAAUCAGCACGUACGGUGGCAUAGACAUUGUCUGGUCACCGUACAGGCCGGAAUGGCGAAUGCUGAGAAAAAUCUGCAUUAAUAGAUUGUUAAGCAAUGCAAAUUUGGAUUCAAAUGCUUUCAAUUCACUUCGUUGCCGCGAGACCCGGAAAACGGUCCGGUAUUUGGCAGACCAGGCGCGGACCGGAUCUUCGGUGAACCUUGAAGAACAGAUAUUUGUGACUAUAUUGAAUGUGGUGACUCAAAUGUUGUGGGGAGCAACAGUUGCGGACGGCGAGGAAAGAGAGAGUGUUGGAGCUGAGUUCUUGGAGUUGGUGAGAGAGAUCAUUGAUAUUGCGGGAAAGCCGAAUGUCUCUGACUUUUUUCCGGUUUUGAGCCGGUUUGAUCUUCAAGGUUUGGUUAAGCGUUCGCGUGGACCGGCUCAGAGGAUGGACCGGAUGUUUGACCGGAUUAUAAAUCAACGGGUGCAAAUGGAUAAGGGAAGUGAAAGGAACGGUGAAGAUUUUUUGCAGGUCUUGUUGAAAGUGAAAGAUGAGGAUGAGAAGACACCUUUGUCCAUGAACCAUGUCAAGGCCUUGCUCCUGGACAUGGUACUUGGUGGUACGGACACAUGUUUGAACACAAUAGAGUUCGCAAUGGCAGAGGUUAUUAACAAACCAGAGAUCAUGAAGAGAGCUCAACAAGAGCUCGACAAAGUUGUGGGAAAAAACAACAUCGUCGAAGAAUCACAUAUCACUAAACUUCCAUACAUUCUCUCCAUUAUGAAAGAAACCCUAAGGCUUCACCCAACUCUUCCUCUCCUUAUUCCUCGCCGGCCAUCUGAAACCACGGUUAUAGGCGGCUACACAAUCCCUAAAGAUUCUAAGGUUUUCAUCAAUGUGUGGGCGAUUCAUAGAAAUCCGAACGUAUGGGAGAAUCCAUUAGAGUUUAAUCCGGAUAGGUUUCUUGAUAAAAGUUAUGACUUUAGUGGUAAUGACUAUAGGUAUUUCCCGUUUGGAUCUGGCCGGAGAAUUUGUACGGGGAUGGCCAUGGCAGAUAGAAUUGUUCUUUACAAUCUCGCGACGUUUUUGCAUUCUUUUGAUUGGAAAAUUGUGGAAGGAGAGAAAGUGAAGCUCGAGGAGAAGUUUGGGAUUGUGUUGAAGUUGAAGAAUCCACUUGUUGCAACACCCGUGCUAAGCUGUACAAUGUGAGGGUGUCUAAUGUUGCCUUUAUGUAUACAUAAAUGAUGAGUUUCACC